AUGAUGUUUUCCCGCACUCCAACCGGACAGGGACUGAGCCAUACCCAGAUUGUCCACGAAGACCGCGUCGGACUGCUUAGUCGAUUGACGUUUCAGUGGAUCUUCCCAUUACUAUCUAUUGGUUACCUCAGACCGUUAACUGCAGACGAUACCCGGAAUCUGAAUCCAAAUCGCGCCGUAAACGUGCAUCAGAAUGCCAUAUCCCGAGCAUUUCGAGGGUCUCUGGAUCGUCAGAGACACCUGCCUCUUCUCCAAUCUCUACAAAAAACGUUUAGAUAUGAGUUUUUCCUUGCGGGAUUUGCGAUGCUGCUCGCAAACGUUCUCCAAGUGACAGCCCCCUUGAUCCUGAGAUGCCUUCUGAUUAGCCUAUCAGACGAGUCGUCGUCCAACAGAGCAUCCUUUAUGUAUGUGGCAGGGCUCUUUAUCACGCAGAUGGGGAUGAGCUUUGCUCUUGUGCACUACCAUUAUCUAGGACAGGUGGUUGGCAGUGAAAUAAAAGCUGUUCUCACAGCAUUGAUCUUUGAAAAGACUCUGAGACUCUCUACUACAGAAAACAGCGAAUGGGUCGAUGGAAAAAUAUCAAACCUGAUCACCGUCGAUUCGCAACGUAUUGAGAGCGCCAUACUCUAUGCGAACAUGAUAUGGAGUGAACCAAUUGCUGUGAUCAUAGCCUUGGUGAUACUUUUCUAUAACCUGAAAUGGAGUGCAUUGGGUGGCCUCAUUCUCCUUGUGACAGGUGCAAAAGGACUUGACCUCAGCAUGGGCUGGUUGAUAUCUGGACGUGUUGCGGUAAACGCUGAACUAGACAAGAGAACAGCUAGUCUUCGCGAGGCGUUGCAAAACAUGAAAUUCGUUAAGCUUCAUGCCUGGGAGUCAUACUUUCUCUCUCGGAUUUCUGAUUCCAGGGCGAACGAGGUUCACCACCAACACACGCUAUUGAAUAUCAGGAGCAUGACCAUGAGCCUGUCCAUGUCACUUCCUUCGUAUGCGGCAAUGUCGUCCUUCAUCAUCUUUAUGACAGUCCAUGGCUAUCUGACCGCUGCACAAGCUUUUUCUUCGCUAGCGCUUUUCAAUUGUCUUCGCAAGCCUCUCAACAUUUUGCCCAUGGUGCUUAGCCAGCUAAUCGAUGCCUGGAUAUCCGUAAAGCGGAUUGAAACUUUUCUAAGCAUCGAUGACCAAGAAGAGAAAAUUAUAUGGAACUUCGAUGCCGUUGAUGCCGUCGAAAUAACAGACGGUUGUUUCUCCUGGGAUUCUACUGCCAGGAAUGAGGUUUCAGAAGACUGUUCCUUUCCUAUGACUGAGGAGGAGGACAGUAUGGAAAGCGACAACUUACUCCGCGUGGGCACAGAGGCUAACACGCCUACCAACAGCAAUACUCCUUUUAUCUUAUCGGACAUCAACCUGCACAUUACGCCCGGAGAGUUGAUCGCAGUUGCAGGGCCUGUAGGUGCUGGGAAGACUACUCUUCUUUCUGCAAUUGCGGGCCAGAUAACCCAGAUCCGAGGCCGUUUAGUGCUCGGCUCAAGACUAUCGUUUGGCUCCCAGAUACCGUGGAUUGAAAGUGGGACCGUCCGGGAGAACAUCAUUUUUGGCAAAGAUUUCCGUAAACCGUGGUAUGACCAAGUUAUUGAAGCAUGUGCCUUGAAACCGGAUCUCGAAACAUGGACGCAGGGCGACGUGACUUGUAUUGGGGAGAAGGGGAUCACGUUGUCGGGUGGGCAGAAACAGCGAAUAAGCCUGGCGCGGACCAUUUAUGCAGACACGGAUCUAAUACUCUUGGAUGACCCUUUAUCAGCUGUGGACGAAGACGUUGGUCAACACAUCUUCAAAAAGGCGAUUCGUGGUCUGUUGCGAGGGAAAACGUGUAUUCUGGUGACGCACAGCGAACGCGUACUCGGCCGAUGUGAUCGUGUUCUGUGGCUGGAAAAAGGCCGCAUCAUCUCUUCCAAGAGUUCAUAUCACUCUCAGCCUAGCAGUGAAUUGGUCCUGCGGACAGUUCACACGCCUGAGAGUUACGCACAAAAUAGCUCGGACGCAGCAACCGGUUUCAGACACAGCAACAGGCCCCAGGAAACGCUGAAGAAUGCGGAGGAUCAAAGGAUCUCCACUGGCGUUUGGUUAUCAUGGUGGGUGGAUGGCAUCUUUCGACUUAGCCAUCUUAGCUAUGCAGGAAUCUAUGUUCUCCUUGGGUUCAUUCAGAGCACGCUUCUGUGGGCAUACCUAAGCCAGGCUGCAGUAGUCGGCUUACGGGCCAGCGACAACCUUUUCAAGGCCGUUCUUCGCCGUAUCCUUUAUGCAUCGAUGUCAUUUCAUACUGCGAAUCCAUCCGGACGCUUGAUGAACUUGUUCUCUCAUGAUGUUAGCCAGUUGGAUAACGGUGUCAGCGACACAAUUCGGGCCUUUAUCAUGUUAGUUGGCACUGCAUUCUCAACGUUCUUACUGAUCUCGGUCCAUUUCCCAGCUUUUGUUGCCUCGGCUCCGGCGAUUGCCCUGGUUUCAUACUACACAUCUCGCUACUAUCGUGCUUCCAGGCAGGAGCUAAAACGCCACGAGACUGUCUCGCGCUCCAAUAUUGCAGCAAAGGUCACCGAAUGUAUUGCUGGGCGACACACAAUUCGAAGCUUUGGCGUCCAAGAGGUGUUCCAGAGGAGAUUAAACGUUGCUAUUGACAAGGCGAGUAACGCUUCAUACCUGAUGUCAGCCAGCCAACAAUGGUUGAAUUUACGGCUGGAUACACUGGGCAAUACCCUGAUUGUUUUUGUCGGGGUCUUGAUUGUUAUGUCUAGCAGCCCUAUUUCACCUAGUAUGUCUGGGUUGAUAAUGACCUACGCCCUGGCUGUGGUCCAAAUAGUUCCUGCCGUCAUAUCACAAAGCGCCGAACUGGAAAGUUCUCUAGUCACGGUCGAAAGAAUGAUUUUCUAUGGCAAAGAGACUCCAGUCGAGACAUCCGAGUCAGCUGUCAUGCCAUCAUCAACUUGGCCAGCCACGGGAAGUAUAACCAUGACAAACGUUUGCCUACGAUAUCGCAGUGGCCUACCUCAGGCAUUACGCAAUGUGAGUCUCAAGAUAGAUGGCGGAGAGAAGAUUGGCAUCAUUGGUCGCACAGGGGCAGGCAAGUCAUCGAUUAUAUCUGUCCUUUUCCGACUUUUCCCUCUGGAACACGGAUCUGUCUUUAUUGACGAUAUGGAUGUCGCGGACGUGGAUCUUCAUUGCUUGAGGUCGAGACUUUCCAUAAUCCCCCAGGACCCUACCCUUCUCCGAGGCACGGUACGGUCAAACCUAGAUCCGGCCGGAGAAUACGAGGACCAUGUCCUGUACGAGGCACUUCGCAAAGCAUCCUUAUACCCACAGUUAGCUCUUGAUCGAGAGGUACACUCAGAUGGUAGUAAUUUUUCCCUAGGCGAAAGGCAGCUGCUCGCGUUGGCACGUUCUCUCGUGCGAAACCCUGCCAUUCUCAUCUGUGACGAAGCUACAUCUUCUAUUGACCAAGACACCGACCGAACAGUGCAGCAGUCACUUCUAGACGCCUUUUGCAAGCGAACAGUGAUCUGCAUUGCGCAUAGGCUUCGAACAGUCAUACGUUAUGACCGAAUUUGUAUCAUAGACCAGGGCAGCAUUGUUGAUUUCCGGAGUCCGCUUGAUUUGUUCGACACGAAUGCUGGAUUUCGCCAGAUGUGCGGGCUUAACCAAAUCACCCGGGCAGACAUUGUUUAG